AUGUUGUAGCCCGGGGCGCUUCAGUCUCCUGUUAACCUGAUCUGGGGGGUUGGAUGGGGCCGGGAUCUCCCACACACAUCACUCACUGGAUGGCCGGGCUGUGUCUGGAGUAGAGGGAACUGCAGACACCAUGAUCGAGGUGUACAUCCCCUCCGUGGGGCAUCAGAUUUGCAAGUCAGACAAGACCCGCACUGUCUUCAAAGUAGACGUUUUGUUCAAUGGCCGGAGACACACCCUGGACCGUCGCUACAGUGAAUUCCAUGCACUCCAUAAACUGCCUAGGAAGAGGACAUCCGUCAUAUUAAUGCUGAAGAAGACAUGCAAGGUUCCAGACUUCCCACCCAAACGAGUCCCAAACUGGAUGUCCAAAGUCCAAGAGCAACGCCGGCAGGGUUUGGAAGCAUACAUACAGGGAGUAUUAUGGCACAAUCAAGAUGUUCCCAAGGAGCUGCUGGAUUUUUUGAAACUCAAACAUUUCCAUCAAAGCAAAAAGAACUGCAGCUUAGAGUCGCUAACAGACAUCCUACAGGAUGAACACAGCUCCCAGUUGACACACAAAGCUGUGGUAGGAUUUUUUAAAGAUCACUACGUUCUUCCACCUGAAACGGAGAUACUGGGAGACAUGGUCUUAGAAGGAGUGCUGAGAGGGAUUUACCAGGAGGAUCACAAAAGUCCACCUAGAUCCAAGCACAAGCUCCCUGCCAGGACCCAGGUUUCCGUAACUUAAGAGCGAUGAUGAAGAUGGAGGACUUUCACCAGGGUUGAUGUUUAAUAUAUUUGGUCCAUAUCACAAGCAACAUGUUCUUAAGAAGGGUUCCUAUCCAGGAAAUACACAAACUAUUGAAAAUAGUCAUUUUCAGAACUGACAUGCUGACAAGAUGUUUUUCUUCCUGGAUCCCUGAUAGUCAUCUUGUGUUCAAAAUUAAUAGGGUACUUAGAAGUCUAGAGAGAAGAUACCUCACAGCAAGCUUAUUUUAUAUUUUAUUCAAAGCAAGAAUAAAAACCAAUCGAGAUCGGUCACCUAAUCCUCCAGCCGUUUUGCAAACAAUCGUCCAUAUAAGCAUAUUACAAGUGCACGCGGGGCUUCUAUUAUUUCCUCAGUAAAAGAAAAACUGGAUCAACGAAUCCAAUGUUUUGGAAUAAAUCUUUUGCCUUUA